GGUUGGCUCGGAUCCGCUGCCACUCAGUGCGGGUGCGCAAUCGCUCGGCACAGUUUGUGCUGAAGUUGAGAGGAGAGGCGGAGCGGGAAGUGUGGUUCGGCAGCAGAGGACAAGCUCGGGAAACGGACAAGAUCCCCCAGCAAUAUACAUGCACCCAAUGGGAGUCUCUAUUUGAUAUAUGAAAACUAUCAUUGACUCAUUUCACAGAUUCAAAUUCUCCUGCAAAAAAAACAAGCCUGGAAGCUAACAACAUGGCAAGUUUGGAUAUUGGCACAAAUUCCUCUGCAAGCUUUGUUCCUUCAAUGUCUAUUGAUCGACUUUUCCCAGCUCUCUUAGAGUGUUUUGGCAUUAUUCUUUGUGGAUAUGUUGCGGGACGAGUGAACAUCAUCACUUCUACGCAGGCCAAAGGUUUAGGAAGUUUUGUCUCGAAGUUUGCACUUCCUGGCCUCCUUUUUAAGAAUAUGGUGGUUUUAGACUUGGCUCACAUAAACUGGAGUUUUCUUUGGAGUAUUCUUGUGGCUAAGGUUACAGUUUUCAUAAUUGUCUGCACUCUGACUCUCGUGAUAGCAAGUCCAGAAAGCCGAUUUGGUAAAGCUGGACUCUUCCCAAUUUUUGCUACACAGAGCAAUGAUUUUGCUUUGGGAUACCCUAUAGUUGAAGCUCUGUACAGAGAUACAUAUCCAGAGUACCUUCAAUACAUUUACCUGGUGGCUCCCAUAUCAUUGAUGUUAUUAAAUCCAAUUGGUUUCAUCUUCUGUGAAAUACAGAAAUGGAGGGAAAACAUGAACACCCAACAAAGCAAACUGAAGACUGUUGCACUGGUACUGUUACAGGUUUUUAAAAACCCAAUUGUGUUUAUGGUCAUUGUUGGAAUUUGUGGGAAUUUUAUCUUUGAACAAAAGAUUCCGGUGAUUAUCGGAGAAUUUCUGGAUGGUCUGGCAAGCUCUUUCAGUGGUUCAGCUCUCUUUUAUCUUGGACUUACAAUGGUGGGGCAGAUCAAGAAACUGAAAAAAAAUUCGUUUGUUGCAAUUAUUCUCCUGAUCACAGCCAAACUAUUGGUCCUUCCUCUCAUCAGCCGUGAAAUGGUGGAAUUACUUGACAAUGGCAAUACUGAGGCUAACUACACCAGUCUCUCGAACUAUGCAUUUUUAUAUGGCAUUUUCCCAACAGCACCAAGUGUAGCUAUAUAUGCAAGUCAGUACAAUAUGGAAAUUGAAAUUGUGACCCCUGGGAUGGUGAUAAAUACAUUUGUAUCUGCUCCCAUUAUGUAUGUGUCCGCAUGGCUUUUGACAAUUCCAUCGAUGCACACACACGGGAUGCAAUCUGCAAUUCAGACCGUCAGCUUUGACAUAAGCAUAGUCACCCUCUUUUUUCUGGUUUGGUCUGUGGCUGUGAUGCUUCUGAGUAAGAAAUUUAAGCAAUUGCCUCAUUUACUCUCUGUUAAUCUGCUGCUUGCACAGACUAUGGUCUGUUUGGGAAUGAUCAUGUGGUAUGUUAUCACCAAGCAAAAUAAUCUACUUGGUCAAGUCCUGGUAUUCAUUGUGCUAUAUAGUUCUUUAUAUAGUACGUAUGUAUGGACAGGUCUCAUAGCAUUGUCAUUACUUCUGUUGGAGAAAAAUGCAUCCAAGCAAAGAGGAUUCUUCAUUAUUGCAGGAUGGGGAAUACCAGCAUUCAUUAUGGGAAUGCUAUUGAUUACUGGUCGUCCAAAUACACAAACAGUGGGAGAUUCAGCAUUCUUUUAUGGAAAUACUCAGGUUAUUAGUACUACAGUGGUACUGUCAUGUAGCAUUGUUCUUGCGGGUUCAUCAUUGAUGUUACUGAGUCGGAACAGACAAGAUAAUGCUUACCAGAUACUACAGCGCAACUCUAUUUCCAGCAAUACUAGUGUGAAUCCUAGAUUGAAAGAAAUCCAAACAACAGCUAAAAAUAUAACAUCUGAUACAGAAUUUGCAACUGGAGAAGAAAUCUGUGCAUGUCAAAUGGAAAAUCAAGGCGAAUUACGUUGUGGCAGCCAGCAAGUUCGGAAUAAUGACAGAAGUAUAAAUGAUUCAUUAUUGAGUGCAGAGCAAUGUACCACCUUGUGUAAAGCUGAAAACUGUGUGUUGAUCCAAGAAGAACAGCAGUUACAGAAUACAGAUCCACAGCUGGCCAGACACGUGCUGCUGUGCUUGCUUCUCAUUAUAGGCUUGUUUGCUAAUGUAUCCAGUUGUCUCUGGUGGUUGUUUAAUCAUGAGCCAGGUCGCCUUUACGUUGAGCUGCAGUUCUUCUGUAUAAUCUUUAAUUUUGGCCAGGGUUUUAUUUCUUUUGGCAUAUUUGGACUUGAUAGACAUUUAAUCAUUCUUCCAUGUAAAAAGAGGCUGGAAUUCCUAUGGCACGGAAGAAAUUUAGGAGUACAAACUGACAAUACAUUAACUGAGGACAUAAGGAUGACUUGCCAACAGUUUUCUCAAUAUCAUAAGGAUCAGUGUUCCAGAGAUAUUGUCAAAGGAAGAAGAUUCCCCACCCAGAAGUGAGCUUGAUUGAUCGGCUCGGCUUCCAAAUAGGUGUGGAAGACUUGGAGAAGGUCGCAGGAGCAGGUAGGUCCAAUCUAUGAUCCUGGGGAGGGGGUCCAAUUCUGAACAGUUUGUAUGGGGUGGGGUAGAUCUUGAGGAGCAGAGAGGAAGCAUUCCUGCUUGUUCUGGCCCACAAGCAAUGCUGUAAAGAUGCUGAGCUUCUCCCUGAAGCCGCCUUUGCCUCCCAUAAGCUGCCAGAUUUCCCGAGGCCUGAUAAACCCACUUUUGAAUCUGCAAAGCAGGUUAAUUCAGAGACUACUAGCCUAAUGAACGUAUUAAAUUGCUAACCCAUUUCCUGUAGGCGGAUUGGCUGCCCACCCCUUGCCUUAUCUACGUUAAAUCCAAAAGUAAAUGGGAGGAGGUGAGUUGGGGGUCUGGUUUGAAAUUUUUAAAAUGUUAAUAUUUGAACCAUAUUUUGGGGUGUUAAGGUUCACCCCAUUAUUUCUAUAGCAAAUCCAGACUAUUGUAUAAUAUUAGAACUAUUUCAGUAAGAAUGCAUUCCCCUUUUGCUAUUUUCAAUUUUUUUGUUCUCCCUUUUGUACAUCAUCACUAGCACUACGAUCUGCUGUGCUAUGUGAGAAACCUCCACUUCAUUAUGCCAGCUUUAGCCUGUUGCCCAAACAUUUUCUUUUGAAAUGCUUAAACUGCAAAUUGCUUAGCAGUUUUAGGAUCUGUUUUCAGUUGCCUCUGGAAUGCACAUCCAAAACGUACCUAUCUGUGCUCAAUUACUGCAGCAGUGAAGUUACUGAGAGCUAAGACUCAACAUCCAGAGGGUUCUCUUAAUAUUCUACUGCAAAUGAUUAGCUGACAAGUUCUACAUCAUCAGUAACAACUAGCAUUUAUAUUGUGCUAUUAACACAGUAAAAUGCCUCAAAGCAUUUUACAGGAGCAUAAUCAAACAAAAUUGACACUAAGCCAAAGAAGGAGACUUUAGGACAGGCGACCAAAAGCUUGCCAAAGAGAUUUAAGAAGGGUUUUGAAGGAGAAGAGAAGUAGAGAGGUUUCAUAAGGGAAUUACAGAGCAUUUGGCUAGACAGCUGAAGACAUGCAACCAAUGGUGGAGUAAGAGAAAUAGGAGUUGGACAAGAGGCCUGAGCUGGAGGAGUGCAGAGUUCAUGGAGGAUUCAUGAGCUGAAGGAGGUCAGAGAGUUAGGGAGAUUCAAGGCCAUGGAUGAAAUUGAACAUGAGGAUGAGAAUUUUAAAAUCAAAACAUUUGGUAUCGAGGAGCCAAAGUAGUUCAGUAGUGCGGUGGUAAAGUGUGAAUGAUACUUACUGCAAGUUAGCAUAUUGGGAGUAGAAUUUUAGAUGAGCUUAAGUAAAUCAUAUGUUGGCUUCCAGGGCAGCAUUGAAUUAGUUGAGUCUAGAGAUAACUAAAGCAUGGAAGAGGGUUUCAGCAGCAGAUUGACUUAGGCAGGUUUGGAUAUUAUGGAGUUGGAAGUAGGCAGGUUGGUGACAAGGAAGAUAUGGGGUUGGCACCUCAACUCAGGGUCAAAUCAGGCUGAGGUUGCAAACUGGGGGAUCAAAGAACAAUGGCUUUGGUCUUCCAACCCAGGUCUGGAUGUUGGACAAGCAGUAUAAUUAGUCUUUAUUUCCUACCAUCCCACCUCUUUCUACUGUUUUUGGUAUUUCCUUUCCUAUG